UGAGUAUCUAACUAAUUACAAAGAAAAAUUGAAUAACUAGGAGAGAAAAGAGAAAAAUAUCUAAAAGUGUAUUUUUUAGAUAUUCUUGAGAACUUUUUUUUAGCCAUGUGUUGGCACAUAAAUGUUUUGAAUUUGUUUUAGAUAAUAAAUUUUAAUCAAACCGCUAAUUUAUACUCCCUGCGUUUCAUAUUAAGUGUCGUUAUAAAUAAAAAAUUUCGUUACAAAGUAAGUAUCGUUUUCAACUUUCAAUACAAAAUUUAUUAAUUUUAUUCAGUACUUUAUUUUUUUAUUGGUUGAAAUAUGGUAAGGUGUAUAGAGAAUUGUGUUUUUAUAUAGAAAAUAUAUAAAAAAAUAAUUAUUUCAUUAAUCUGUGUGCACAAACCUAAACGACAUUUAAAAUGAAUCGGAUGAAGUAUUAAAAUAUUAAUAUUAUGAAGUUGAGAUAUUAAGUUGAGAAAACUUGUUGAUAAGGAUGCUCUAAGUGUUCUGUAUCCAUUUUAUUGUCAAUGUUUUUGUUUUUGUUUUCUGAAUUUGUAUAGUUUGAAGAUACUUCUAAAUCAGUUAUCUAUGUAUUCGUAUCUUUCAAAAGUUUAAUAUUACUAUUACACAAAAAAAUGCAAAGUUUAGUUUAUUUGGAUCGUAUGUGUGCACAAACCUACACAAUCCUAGGAAACCUAAAAUAACAAGUAAGAACACUAAGAACAAUGCUAAGACAAUAUAAAAGCUAAACUGUAUCCGUACAAGUCCAUCAUUGUCCCAUGAUUAUCAUUGGCCUUACGAUAUUUUUCUCUUUUUUUUUUGACCUUAGGAAUCUGCAUUGACUUUAUUUCUAAAUAACCCAAAAAUAGACUAGAGGAAGCCAAAAUAAACCUUAAAAAUAGAAUGACCCAAAAUACAUUUUCUUUAAUAAUCUCUUUAAAUAACCUUGUUAACAAUUUGAUUCUUCUUGGUAAAAUUUUGAGAAAAGAGAAAAAAGAAACAAACAAAAAAUAAAAAUGGCCGGAAGGAUCUUUCUCCUUUUCCUCUGCAUCGUCGUCACGGUGGUCAACGCCGGAAAAGCUCCACCACCAACAUUCACAGAGACAGGCAAAGCCUUAGCAGAAAAACUCUGCGAGAAAUCUGAAGACAAAGCGUUUUGUAUUUCGAGCCUAACCUCACGUCCCGAGGCUGACACCGCAACCGCUCCAAAACUUGGCGUUAUCGCGUUAAGUGUCGCGUCUACAAACGCUUCAGACACGUCUUUGUACAUCAAAUCGAAGCUGAAACAAAGAAACCUCGAGCCGGCGUUGGAAGACACGCUCGACGAUUGUUCUAAGAACUACUUAGAUGCAGUUGCGCAGCUAGACGAUUCUCUUGCUGCUUUGCUCGCGAAUGCGUAUAUUGACGUUGACAUUUGGCUCAAUACGGCUAUUACUGACGGAGAGGCUUGUGAAGACGCUUUGAGCGAACGUGCUGGUAAUGACGCUGAGCUUGCUCGUAGGAACACUAAUUUCUUGAAGCUUUGCAAAGAUGCUCUUCUCAUCAACACUAUUUUAACUCCAUAAAUUCAAAACUUGUUGCCGAUAAAUUUUUUAAAUUGGUUUGUUUGUUGUAUUUUUUUUCAUAACUGGCUUCAUUUAUGUGUUGGUUAAAUUAAAUGAACAAUGUUUGAAAUACUUGUAUUUGGUAAAUUUUGAAUGCACUUGUAUACUGGAAUACAUAUAUAUAAAUAUGCAUAUUUUCUUAUUUUUUGAUGAUAUAAGUAUAUAACCAAUGGAACUGUUGGCAACAAAAAUCUAGUUUAUGUUAAAAAAAAAA